AAUUUAUUAAUAACAUUUCUUAUUUAUUAUUGUUUUCCCUUAAUUUAAAUUUAAAACUAAUAAUUAUAUAACUGUUAUAUCAUUUCGGAAUUCUUCGCACGCGAAAUAUAUAAUUUUACAUCCUCAAGUUACUUAAUAACCCGGCCACAUUUAAAAGUGGUUAUUCAAUCAAAAAAAAAACUAAACGUAACACUUGGUGAAAGUAACCGGACACUCAGUAGCCAGCCGUAAGUUGACUGAAAAAGAUCUUUGGUGCGGUUUAAAUCGUUUAUUAGGAUGGAAUUGUUAUGUCCCCCCGAUAUUUUUCAAGAAGGCAAAAUACGCGAAGAAUUAGGCGAAGAUAAGGAUAGAUUAAUUAAUAAGUUAAAGUUAUUAAAAGAAUGGAUUCAAUUUAACAGUUAUUUACCUCAAGGAUAUGAUGAAACCAUCUUAACAACAUUCUUAAGGGGUUGCAAACAUGAUUUGGAAAAGACGAAAAAGAAAAUUCAAACGUAUUUCAUCGCAUGUUGUACUAAUUCGGAGUUUUUGGGAAAUCGAAUCGGUUCGUUAAAUGACGAUAUGAAAGCGACCGAGUUCAUUUCAGCUGUGAUGAUGCCCAGAUUAACACCUGAAGGAUAUAGAGUGAUUAUAAUUAAAUUAACUGAUUCGAACGUUGAUCGGUUUGAUCUGGUCAAAACGUACCGAUAUAUAAGCAGAAUUGCCGAUAUAAAAGUUCAUGAAGAUACGUUAAUAGCGGGAGAAGUGUUUGUAAUUGAUGCUUCUUUAGCAACAACCGAAAUUUUAGCAAAAUUUUUAUCGAACACUACAAAAAAAGCGAUUAGUUUAGCUUUGGAUAUGUAUCCGGUUCGUAUAAAAUCGAUUCACGUUAUUUCAAGUAUUCCCUUCAUUCAAAAUAUACUAAUCGUGUUAAAAACCGUGAUAAAGGAUAAAUUAAUUAAAAGGUUUUAUUUUCACAAGUCUGUGGAUAAGUUGUGCGACUUUGUGCCUUUGAAAUGUUUGCCCGGUGAUUACGGCGGACCUCAAAGGCCUCUAAAGGAGAUUAAUGAGGAUUGGAAAGGCAAAGUAGUAGGGUUUCGGGAAAAGUACCUACAGAUGGGAGGAGAAAUGCGAUUGAACGGACCCGUUCCGCAUGAAUUUAAAAAAGUUAGUGGUGACGUCGAAACUGAAUUUGGUGUUCAAGGGAGUUUUAGAAAGUUAAAUUUGGAUUAGAAUAUCAAAUCUUUUUUUAUAAGAUAAACAUAGAUUUUUUUUUAGAUUUUUUGUAGUUUAUAUUUAUUAAAUUUUCAACAUUAAAGCAGAUAUCACAUGUA